UUUAUCCGUAUUAAUUGGCAUCAUGUUAGCUUUCUUUCCAGUCUAUGGGUAAAGAUAAUGUUGCGAUCUGAGACUACGUAGAGUGCGUGUGACGAUAACAAUGGACCAAAAUAAGAAGAGACUGGGGAGCCAACUGUGUAAAGCCGUGAAGGAUGAGGACCCAAGGUCUGUGCAGGCGCUGCUCUCGCGGGGCGCCAGGGCCGACGUGGUGGGCACCAGGGGCGUGGCGGCGGUGCACCUGGCCGUGGGGAAGGAGACGGAGAAGAGCAUCCGUUGCCUGAAGCUGCUGCUCCAGCACGGAGUGGACCCCAACGCCAGGUCUUCCGAGGGUCUUACACCCCUCCAUGUGGCUGCGCUGUGGGGGUGUUACCAAAACGUCAAGCUGCUGUUGGCCAAUGGAGGGAACCCCAAUGUUACCGACCAGGAUGGGAACACUCCGGGGCAGUUUGCAGAGCAACAGGACAACCGCAAGUGUGCCCAACUCCUCCAGAGCCACCAGACACAGUCCGCAGACGGCGAAGAGGAUGUGACCUGUUUCCAAUACUCUCUAUACUCGGACCAGACGGACGUGUCGAGCUACCCCGACUCGGAGACCAGCCUCAGCUCGCGCUCCUCCAUGAUCAGCGACUUUGGCGACGACCCGCUGAGCAGCACCAGACACUCUGCCCUGUUCGACCUCCGCGUACCGAGCCAACCCACCCCCUGGUGGAGACGGGGGCCCUCGAACGGCCAGGGCGACGCCAACCCCACCGGGGCCGGGGGUCCGGGCCGAGACUGGAACCAAAACAAAGAGUGGGCGUGCGGCGACGGUCCCUCGUUUCUGUCCAGCACGCGCGUGUCCACGGUGGGCUGCGCCUCCGCCGGGCCGGCUCCCCGAGAGGACGUGUCGUUGGGGGACGUCACGUGGGCGCCAAACCCCUUGGAGGGCCCGUCGCUCCUGUCGAGCACGCGCAUGUCUACGGCGGGACCCGUUCCUCCCUAUCAUAAUGUUGAGGCUCCGUUCCAAAGGGGGGGUUCACACCCUCUAGGGCUUGAGGGCCGACUUUCGGCCAUAAACGGAGACGCUCCGGCGGUCGCUGUCGCCGGCCCCUCCAGGCGAGCGAGCCGCAAGAGCGUCAGUUUCCGCGAGGCGGCCGAGUAUUUCCCCGUUUCCAGGCCGGACUCCGCUGAGCCUGCGUUCGACACGGCGCCCUUUGACUCCUCCCAGGACGCCGACUUUCUGAGCUCUGAGCGCCUGGUGACCGUCCUGCAACGGCAGGGCAUCGACGUGACCUCGCCCGACCACGUGCACGUGUUUGACUGGGACUGCGGCGAAGACACAGAGGGGGACAUGGAGAAAACGGUGAUGAGUAACUUCCAUUUGGCCGGGGGCGAGGAGACAGACGAGGAGGAGGAGGAGGAGGAGGAGGAGAGGGAGGAGGUGGAGGUCGGACGUCAGACCCAGGCGGCGGUACAGCCCCCCGGUGGUGUCCCAGGCGGCGGCGGCGGCGGCGGCGGCGGCGGCGGCGGCGGCGGCGGCGGCGGCGGCGGCGGCGGCGGCGGCGGCGGCGGCGGCGGCAGCAGUGGGAGUCACUACAGCAGCUGUGACAGCGACCAUUACACGACCGCCCACUACACCACGGCCCACGGAGGCCUCGUACCGUCCAGCCGUUCCGCUUCCUCCUCCUCCUCCGAGGCGGAGUCAAAGCUGGACAGAGCAGAGGAAGUACCAGCCCGGGUGGGCAAACCCAGCCGGUCUGACCAACCGCCUGCCACUGACUCUGAACCCGAACCCCCUCGGGACGUCUCAGAAAAGGCGGUCAAUAGCGCGAAUGAGGACGGUGUCGGCGACGAAGCCACCGCCCGAGCCCGCCGCAGUCCCGUCGCCCAAGCGGCCGGGGGCCCCCCCGAAGACCCCGACACCCCCUUCACCCCGAGCCCGUUCGUGACGGGCCGGACCCGGUCCAGGCUGAGCCGCUGCUCGGUGAGGUGCAGCAGCGGCGGCGGCGGCGGCGGCGGCGGCGGCGGCCGGACCCUGGAGAGCCUCCUCUCCGACGCGUCCCUCUUCGAGGCCACGCUGCCCACGCCGGUCAGGACCGGCCGCAAGACGCCCCGGUCUCAGAGCAGCGACGACGUGUUCUACCACAGCCCGCGGCCGCGCGGCUACGCCCAACCGAGGGGCGACGGCAGCAGGGAUCUCUCGGGGAGCUCCUUGACCUCCGACCUCCAGUCGUCGCGGUCCAGCUCGGGGCUGAGCGACAGCCAGGCGGACACCUUCAUCCUCCCGCGGGGCGGGGCUGAGCCGUCGCAGAGUCUGCCCGACACCCUCAUUCUGGAGAGGCAGCCGGACUCGCAGAGCCUUCACUGUGAGGAUUACCUCAAGUCCUACGCGCCGAAGGUGGUGUGUCACGAUAUCAGAGAGGAGGAGGAGGAGGAGGAGUUUCUGACCGACGACCGGACGAGCUCCGACGCGGUGAAUCCGCGGGAGGAACCGAACGCAGCGGCGGCAGCGGCAGGAGCUGAGCGGCAGGACGUCCCGGGGAGCAGAGGGAAGCCCUGGAUCACGGAGGGCAGCGACACCGACGGCGACCCCAGCAGCAGCAGCACCACCUCCUCCUCCUCUCCGACGGGCUCGUCGUCCGCCAGCUCGUGCUACUUCUCCCCGAGGAGGCCCCGGGAGGGCUCCUCCGACACCCCGGGCGCCACGGGCUGCACCCCCAGGUUCAGCAUGAGCCGGCUGUCGCUGGGCCUCCGCCGGUCCCAGGGCCACCUGGCCCCCGACCGCCACCCCCGGGCCUACACCCCCGGGGGGCGGCCCGCCGCCCCGCCCCCGGAGGAGCCCGUGGAGUACCUCUACACGGACACGGAGCAGGGCCACGAGCUGAUCGAGACGCACAUCCCCCCCAGGGCCAACGCCUCCCUGUGCAGCAGCAGCCUGAGCGGCGGCGGCGGCGGCGGCGGGGAGCCCGGGGCGGAGGAGACGGUGCUGUACGACUGGAGGUCCCUGAGGGCCGACGUGAUGGGGGGCAAGGAGAACCAGGCGCCGCCGAGGAGGGGGGGUGAGGAGGAGGAGGAGGCGCAGCUGCAGAAGAAGAAGAAGAAGGAGGGGGAGGCGAAGGAGGAGGAGGAGAGGACGAAGAGAGAGGAGGAGGUGAAGGGGGGCAGAGCGUUGCCGCCGGAUACCCCGGGGAUGACGGACAAGGAGCUGAGGCGCCGGCUUGUGGCGCUGGGGGAGAGCCCGGGGCCCAUCGGCACUCGGACCCGGCCCGUGUACAUGAAGAGGCUCCGUCGUCUCGUCCUGGAGUCGAACUCGCAGGCGGCGCCUCAGCAGCAGCUCAAGCAGCCGGACCACACGCACACAGACUCAGGCUACAGUGUGGAGCUGAGCAGGGCCCUGAGGACCUUUGACCUCCCCGACUGCCACGCGGCCGAGAUGGAGCUCUGCCAGCAGUUCGACCAGCCCGACCAGAACAAGAAGUGGAGGGAGGGGGUCAUCAAGUCCAGCUUCAACUACCUCCUUCUGGACCCCCGGGUGACGAAGAACCUGCCGUUCCGCAGCCGCAGCAUGUCGCCCCAGGAGUGCUUCCACACCUUCGUGCACGCUGUGUUCUACGUGGGGAAGGGCAAGCGCUCGCGGCCCUACAGCCACCUGUACGAGGCCCUGGAGUACUUCAAGGGGGACAAGACCUCGAAGAAACUGUGCUCCAAGGUGCAGCACAUCCUGCAGGUGUGGCGCGAGGACCAGGGUGUCGUCUCCCUGCACUGCUUCCAGAACGUCAUCCCCGUGGAGGCCUUCACCCGCGAGGCCUGCAUGGUGGACGCCAUCGGGCUGAAGAUGCUGACCAACCAGAAGCGAGGGGACUACUACGGCGUGGUCUCCACUUGGCAGGCCAGGAAGAGGCGGGAGCUCGGUGUGCACCUGCUCUACCGGGCCAUGCAGAUCUUCCUGGCAGAGGGAGAGAGGCAGCUGCGGCCUGCAGACAUCAGACAGUAGCGCCCCCUACUGGAUGGAGGGUGAAUUACGAACACUUUCUGAUUCAGGUUAAAGGAGACUCGUAUACCACCAGUGAGUGGGAUCGGCCUUACAAGCCGUUUCGAAAAUCGGCCCCAUAUGACAUCACUAGUGGGCGUGUCCGCCUAGAUCUGUGCUGGAUAGAUGAGCAACGUUUGCUUCAGUCCAAUGGGUAGGCUGGUAGACUGAUCUAUCCAGCACAGAUCUAGGUGGACACGCCCACUCGCGAUGCCACAUGGGGCAGAUUUUUGAAACGGCUUGUAAGGCCAAUCACACUCACAGCUGUUGGUAUAAUAU